AUGCCGCCGUUCGCAUUUCGCCACCAGCCUCUCAAAGCCCUCUACCUGACCAAGACCGUUGCUUCCGUGUUCAUCCGCCUCCCGUUCUGGGUUGCCACGAACCUCAUUCCCUCUUGGCGUCCACGUACGUCAUGGACACUCGGACGGGUCAUCAUCGUCAAGCUAUUCGAAGCCUACCUCGACUUCAUGUACGCCACCGAAGUCAUGCGAAGCCCGUCCCUGCAGGAGUCCUCCGAAACAGCUGAAGCGACAGGGUUUGUAUGGGUGGAGGCUGCGCCGGACCUAGUCGUUGGCGAGAUCCUACAAAUGGCCGAGAAGAAUCAUGUGGAAGCCGUCCGGACGGGCGGGUUCUGGUACGGUCCUCGUGGGACUGACGGCGAGGUCGGGCAGAAAGCAGCCAAAGGCGAGAAGGUCAUCUAUCAUUUGCAUGGUGGAGCCUACGUCAUGGCCAGUGGAGGGGCGUCGAAUACGCAUCUCAUGCUAUGCUUUGAAGGCUUCCAUACGCAUUUUCAAAGCGACAUCCGCAUCUUUGCGCCCGAGUAUCGCCUUGCUUCCGCAGCACCAUUUCCGCCCGCCAAUCCAUACCCCGCCUGUUUGGUGGACGCUAUCGCUGGUUUCCGUUACUUGGUCGAGGAUGUGGGGUUCAUGCCGGACAACAUCCUUAUCAGUGGCGACUCCGCGGGAGGUAGUUUGGCUUUCGCACUUGCGUACUACCUCCACACAUACCAAGACCAACUCGUGCUCUCCAAAGCUACACCAUCGGAUACGACCGCGAAACAGGUCAGGCUGGGCAACGCGGGUGGCGUGUUGCUCGUGUCACCAUCGGUAGACUGGACCCUUCCACGUUCUAUGGCCCCCGGAUCGUCCAUGAAUAGAAAUCGACUCUCAGACUACGUGUAUACCAUUUUCGAGAGCGGGUACACGCUGCGGGCACUCGCCGGAAACCUGCCGGAGGAGACCGUCACGGCGGGCAUCUACAUUUCGCCUGGCUCGCUCGGGUUCAAGCACUCUCCGGGCACGUUCGCUGGUUUGCCGCGGAUGUGCAUCGUCGCUGGCGGCGCGGAGCAGACAGUCGACGCGAUGCGCACUCUGAAGGACAGGCUGAAGGCAGAUAUGGGAGAGGAGAAAGUGCGGUAUAUCGAGGAGCCGGAUGCGGCCCAUGAUUGCGUGGUAGCUGCAUGGCAAGAACCAGAGAGGACGAAUGUGUUCAAGCAGAUAGCGGAGUGGAUGCGAGAGGCGGCUGCUUCCGAAUGA